AUUUGCUUUAGGUCAUAUAUUUCAGUCCGCUAAGUUUUGCAUCCCAAGAUGCAAGUUCACUGCUUUUGCUGCGUGCUUCUACUAUACUUCAGCUUCUUAGAGGUAUCUUCUCAAGAUGAACCUAAGGUACCGCCAACUGAACCAACUGCAUCGCCCAUAGCGGCCGAAGAAGCUAGCAAACCAGCUAGUAAGCCAGAGGCUGCAGGUUCAUCCAAGUGCAAGUCAGAUGAAAUUCUUUCCGAAAAUGGCUGCGUAAACCGCGAUAACUUUCUGAACAAGAUCAUGAUGAGAUCUUGGAAGGACGAAGGCUUCGGCAAGGAAAUGGCAAGAGCAGGCCUGGUGGACGUGAUGCAGUGCAAGGAGGAUGAGGUGAGGACUCCAUUUGGCUGCUCAAAGCCGCCGUUUCCACCGCACAGGGAGUCAAGUCGAGUUUCAGUGCACCACAGCAGACUAAAUGACGGACGGAUUAUGCACGACAAGGGCAUUUUUAAGCACUUUCACCAUGAGGAAGAUGUUGAACAGAAACCCAUUCGAAAGCCUAGGGUGUCGGGACCUCCGAUAACUGGGCACAAGCGCCCACGAAAGUACGUCUUCUUGCCGGGAAGGAGUAUUGGAAAGGGACACAAGUGUCGGGCUAACGAGGUCCUGGGAAGAAGGAGUCGCUGCAUUCAAAGAAAACGGCCAGUUCGCCAACGACAACAUCAAACAAACGAAAACGAAAACGAAAAACGGAAAUAAGGUACAUAUACUACGAGUUAUUACACCGUUUCAAUAAAGGAAAACGUUGCAUGUUUGUAUCCAGAAAAUGUUUUCACCUCUAGUUACAGUUUAUGUUUAAGGAUAAGAAUUUACGUUUAUAUUUACUUGAUCCUACAGACAAAUAGAAUAGUUACCAAAAGUUUUACUUAAUAAAAACUUUAGGGAUACCUAAAGUGAAAAUCGAA